AUGACCUCAGAUGACAAACGCAACAAAGAUAAUGAGCGAAACUCGUGUUCUUUCAUUGCGUGUGGGGCCCCUGGAAAAGAUGGACUCCCUGGAAAAGAAGGAAAGGAAGGACCCCAGGGCGAGAAAGGAGAACCAGGAGAAAGAGGUCCUGUGGGACCCCAAGGCAUUUCUGGGCCACCAGGGUUAAAAGGAGAAAAAGGAGAACCAGGUGAAAAAGGGGAGAGAGGCGACCCCGGAACUGCAGUCCUCGAAGCUCUGAGAUUCCAGAUAAUGCUUUUGGAUGGGAAAGUGAAUACUUUGCAGCAGCAUCUAGAACUGAGCAGAAAAGCUAUUGUUUUCUCGAGUGGCUCGAGCAGCGGAGACAUAUUAUAUAUCACAAAUUCCAAGCUUGCCGAUUAUUACGAAGCCAAAGGGAUUUGCAACCAAGCUGGAGGUGAGCUGCCGUCACCGACGAACGCCGAAGAGAACGAGGCCCUGUUGGCUGUCGCUCUGCAGUACACGAAGGGUCCGUUCCUUGGCAUAAAUGACCUCCAGAAAGAGGGUAACUUCACCUACCCCGACGGGGAGCCGAUCGGCUACACCAACUGGGAUGUCGGACAACCAAAAAAUGACCAAGACGUGAAGGACUGCGUGUCGAUGUCUGAUAGCGGUAAAUGGAAUGAUAUAAACUGCGAGGAAAAACGUUUGGUUGUAUGUGAAUUUCAGUAGCUGCGAUCCAUGUACGUUGAUUACACUGGAAUGAUUG